CUGCCGGUGUUCGAGAAGCGGCUGCUGGUGACGGGCGGCGCGGGGUUCAUUGCUUCACAUGUAGUCAUCUCUCUUGUGAAAAACUAUCCAAACUAUCUGAUUAUAAAUCUAGAUAAGCUUGACUACUCUGCAAGCUUGAAGAAUCUUGAAACUGUUUCUGAGAAGGAAAACUACAAGUUUAUCCAGGGGGAUAUUUGUGAACCUGACUUUAUAAAACAGCUAUUUGAAACUGAGAAAAUAGAUAUAGUCCUUCAUUUUGCAGCCCAAACACAUGUUGAUCUUUCAUUCUGGCAUGCCCUGGAGUUCACCUAUGUUAAUGUUUAUGGCACUAAUGUACUGGUUGCUGCUGCACAUGAAGCCAAUGUAGAGAAGUUUGUCUAUGUCAGUACAGAUGAAGUAUACGGAGGUAGCACUGAUGAGGAGUUUGAUGAAUCCUCUCCAAAACGUCCAACAAAUCCCUAUGCUUCCUCUAAAGCAGCUGCAGAGUGUUUUGUUCAAUCUUACUGGGAAAGGUACCAAUUCCCAGUUGUCAUCACACGGAGCAGUAAUGUUUAUGGACCACACCAGUAUCCAGAAAAAGUUAUUCCAAAGUUUAUAUCUUUGUUGCAGCAGAAUAGAAAAUGCUGUAUUCAUGGUUCUGGACUUCAAAGAAGGAAUUUCCUUUAUGCAGCUGAUGUGGUAGAAGCAUUCCUUACUGUCCUGAAGGAGGGGAAGCCAGGUGAAAUUUAUAACAUUGGAACUAACUUUGAGAUGUCCAUUGCCCAGCUUGCUAAGGAGUUAAUCCAUUUAAUAAAGAAGACCAGUUCGGAAUCUGAAAUGGAGCACUGGAUGGAUUAUGUCAAAGACAGACCUACCAAUGACCUGAGAUACCCCAUGAGUUCAGAAAAAAUGCACAGCUUAGGCUGGAGACCUAAAGUGCCUUGGAAAGAAGGAAUAAAGAAAACAAUUGAAUGGUACAAAGAAAACUUUCACAACUGGAAAAACGCAGAGAAAGCUUUGGAGCCCUUUCCUGUGACAGAAGCGUUUGCCCAGCUCAGUGAUCCAUAGGGUGGCGAAGAGCCUGAAGGAGUUGAUUCUACCUCAUGCAGUCUUUUCUUUGGAGCCUGCAAUCAAGUGGCCACACUGAACUCUUAAAGUAUUCAAGAUACGUGGACCACGAUGGGUACAGAACUACGGCACGGCACAACUUUGGAAGGGUUUCAGCACUUUAUAAGUUGAACCUGUUAAUUUCAGCUUUUGGUGCAAUACUAUUCUCACUAGCUAUUGAUUUUUGAAGAACUGUACAGACUAAAGAAUAUUUAUAAUGCCGUAAUUAGUGUAACUGAUGUCAAAUCUGCCUUAUU